AUGUCGGUCACUCCAAUAAUCACAUUUAAGGCAGGACUCUGUGAGCUCGAUACGAGUUCUUCGCCUCCAAAAGUCAAGCCUCUUCCCACUCCCGGAUACAUCUACCUCUACGCUGAGGAUGAACUCCUACAUCUGUGUUGGCGACCAAGAAGCGCUCCCUUAGACCGGCCCGAACUGGACCUGUUGAUGCUUCCGGGCGAUGGCUCUUUCACUCCCUACCACCCCACCAGUGUAGACAGUCCCUCGAACUCCCAAACACCCACCAAUGGAAGAAUAUACGUGCUGAAGUUCUCGUCAAGCUCGCAACGACACCUCUUUUGGUUACAGUCACGCAGUCAACAUCCUCAGGGCGAUCCUGCAUGGUUCAGCACUCGAGACUUGAAGUUGGGACAAAUCGUGAAUAAUCUUCUACAAGGUGAAGAGGUGGACGUCCAACAACAGAUGGCCGAGUUGCCCAGAGACCAGAACCCCCCGGACGAUGAUGAGGAUGAGCCCAUGGAAGAGGUCGAAGGCACAGACCAUGCCGGCAACCGUCGUCCAUCGCAAGGACCAGGAGCAGGCCCUGAUGCCACCGGCGGUGACUUCCGUGAAGAAGGAGAAGAGUCCAGAGAAGGGGGAGCUGAUGGCGGAAGAGCCGCUGCUGGAAUGGACGCCAACGCCAUCAUCCAGAACUUCAUCCAAUCACUAGGCGGCAACAGCAGUAACAACAGCCAAGGCCGCGGAUCCGGGCCACAGGAACAACUCUUCACCACUCUGGCAGACUUGCUGACUCCAGCAACUACAAUCCCUUGGAUCGAUUCUGCAGACUCUGUCCUUGUCGACCGGUUGCUUCAAUACCUCCCACCUGCGCUGGUCACUUUGAUACAAGAAGCAGACGACAUGGCGGCACUCAACACGGAACACGCAUCAAUCGAAGCAGCUGAGCAAGCACUCAGCUUGGACCAGAAGAAGGAUAUCCUGCGGAGAGUUUUGCGGUCCCCACAGUUCUCGCAGAGUUUAUCGAGUCUGACAAUCGCCUUGCGUGAUGGUGGUUUGCCAAGUAUUAGUGAAGCUCUUGACAUUCCUGUUCGAAACGGAGGCUACAUGCGUCGGGGAGGGGUACCAUUAGGUGGCGGCGAAGCUGUUGAAGCUUUCCUGAAGGGAGUUAAAGAUAAAGUGAUGAUGGAAAGAGAGAAGGAUGGAAAUGAUCACAUGGACACUGAGUAG